AUGUCCUUGCGGAAUAUGGCAGAAUCACAUCCAGUUGUUUUGUUGUCAUGCCGCACCUUCCAUGCCGUCCCCUUCACUAACGCGCCAGAAAAUGUGCUGGCAGAUGCCAAAAACUCCAGCAAAGUUGCUGGAUUGAACAGGCAGAAUUGGAACCAUGCAGCACGUAUGAACUCAAUCAUAACUAUAAGUUACAGCAAUGGUGCAAACCCGCGGAGCAAAAAGAAAGCCAAUGCGAAGAUCCGGUCUCAACUUCUCAAGCAAGUUCAUCUUAGUACAAGUGGAAUUGUCUCAACCAUCGAAGCCACAGCAAACCAGAGGAUGAUGAAGGAGCUGGUGGAGGUGACCUUGUCGAAAGUUUUAGCUUAA